AUGAAGGUCGUCAUCCAACGAGUCAAGUCGGCCUCCGUCAGUGUCGACUCGGAGUUGAUCUCAUCAAUUGGCAAGGGCCUACUGGUGUUUGCAGGUGUCGGCCAAGAGGAUAGUGAAAAGGAAGCGGACCAAGUGGUGAACAAGGUGCUCAAGGCCAAGUUCUGGCCCGAUGAGGAUGGUGGACAGUGGAAGAAGAAUGUCCAAGAUAUCGAGGGCGAGGUUCUUUGCGUCUCCCAAUUCACUCUCUACGGCAAGAUGAAAGGCAAUAAGCCCGACUUCCACGACGCGGCCGAUCCCCAAACUGCGCGCAAGGUCUACGACUAUUUCUACAAUAAAAUGAGCAGUUCCUACGUCCCUGAUAAGGUCAAGAAUGGCGUCUUCCAAGCAAUGAUGGAGGUAGAAUUGAAGAACGACGGGCCGGUGGGUGUCGAUUACCGCAAUGAAGAUGCGGCGGUCACGAUCGAGAUCAAUACCAAGCUUCCGAAGAAGGAACCCAAAGAGCCCAAAGGCUCCGAUAAGGCCAAUGGGAAGGACAAUGACAAGGAUAAAGACAAUGAUGGACGACAGACUACACAGUCGGUUGAGUUCACGAUUCCAGCGGAAUUGCUGGCGUGA